UAUUAUAAUCAGUCAGCAGCAGAAAGAGGCGUAAACAGUUGACUUGUUUUUGAUUCAUAAUUGGUCGUCGGGUUUGUUGUAAUCGAGUAUUAGGUCCGAAGCAUAACAUUGAUUAGUAAUUCUGUCAAAAUGAGCUCCGAGGUUUUCUCAUAUGAGAGUUUGGUUCAUGCUGUGUCAGGAGCCGUGGGAAGUGUGACUGCCAUGACAGUAUUCUUCCCUCUUGAUACUGCCAGACUCAGGCUUCAAGUGGAUGAGCAGAGGAAGGCCAAAUCAACUCCAGCCAUUCUAGCUGAAAUUGUGAAGGAGGAAGGACUAUUAGCUCCAUACAGAGGCUGGUUCCCUGUCAUCUGCAGCCUGUGCUGCUCCAACUUUGUCUACUUCUACUGCUUUCACACCUUGAAAGCCAACUGGCUGAAGGGACAUAAGUCAGCACCCGCCACUGACUUAAUCAUAGGCAUUGCGGCAGGUGUCAUAAAUGUACUAGUUACGACUCCUUUGUGGGUGGUCAACACCAGGCUGAAGCUUCAGGGCUCCAAGUUCCGCAAUGCAGACAUACACCCCACCAACUACUCUGGGAUUUUGGAUGCAUUUGCACAGAUCAUUCGUGAUGAGGGUGUGGGAGCACUGUGGAACGGCACCUUCCCGUCCUUGCUGCUGGUCCUGAAUCCUGCCAUCCAGUUCAUGAUUUAUGAAGGCCUGAAGAGGCAGCUGAGGAGAGGAGUUCCCAGAGAGCUUUCAUCUCUGGAGGUCUUCAUGAUCGGUGCAGUUGCCAAAGCUGUCGCCACCACCAUCACAUACCCUCUGCAGACCAUACAGUCCAUUCUUAGGUUUGGUCAGUUCAAAGAUUCAACAGAAAGGUCAAAACUGCUGUCCAGUCUGAGGACAAUCAAGUGUCUGCUGGUCAAUAGAAUGAGGAAGUAUGGUUUGUUGGGUCUGUUUAAAGGCCUUGAGGCCAAGCUGCUGCAGACAGUGCUGACUGCUGCCCUCAUGUUCCUUCUCUAUGAGAAGAUUGCCAGCUGUACCUUCAGAGUCAUGGGACUGACCAACAACCACUACAACAAACGCUAGCUAGCAAGAGAUUUCACAACCAUGGACACUUCCUGCUUUGUUUUUAUCUUUACUUUAUCAUCUUGUGUUGUUAUGGUUUGUAUUCAUUGUGUUCUUUUAUGCUUAUGGUCGGACCCCAGGAAGAAUAGCUUCAGCAAGGCUGCAGCUAAUGGGGAUCCUACACUACACUGAACUUCCUGGAAACUACUUUCACAAAACUGUAAAUAUUUAAUGGUGACCUCAUCCUGCAAAAAACCUCAACUAAUAAAACAUCUCUGUCUGUGACUGAUAAAUCCCAUUGGUUAAGAAUGGUCAAGAAUGAGCCCACAUAUCUUGAU